AACUGUUUUAUUCCUGUCAUAUUUAGCUUUGAAUUACAGAGUCAAUAGUUAGAAAUAUCUGUAAAAUGCCUCUCGAAAUUAAAGUGAAGACUAAUGGACAUGCAAAUAGGAUUUUACAAGACUUGAACAGAAGCAGAAAGGAAACUCGAGAUCAUUGUGAUUUCAUGAUCAUAGCUGGCUCUGAAGAAAUUCCAGUUCAUAGGAAUAUUAUAUCUGUAGGAUCUGAUUAUUUCAAAGCAAUGCUGGCUCAUAAUAAUGCUGAGACAGAGUCUGGUAAAGUGGAAAUGAAAGAAGUUGAUCCAUUAUCCUUGCAACAAUGCAUAGAAUAUAUUUACACUGGUGAAUUGUCUACUAAUGAUGAAAAUGCUGAAUCUUUGAUGUUUGUGGCUGAAUUACUACAGUUGAGAGAUGUCUGUGAAGGCAUCGUUGAUUCACUUGAAGAAAAUCUCGAAUCGUCUUCGGAAUCAUUCUUUGUGACAAAAAGAAUCGCAAACCUGUACAAUUACAAAGAAUUGAUGGAAAAAUGCGAGAAGUUCAUGCUGGAUAAAUUUGAUGAAAUUGCAGUUCUUGAUGAGUUCAAGGAAAUAGAGGAAAAGGAAUUUGUAAGAUUGAUGAAGUCACGAGAAAACAAGGCAUCAGAGAGUGUCAAGAUAGAGGCUUUGAUAUCUUGGAUAAAAUAUGAACAAAGAAAUCGCAAGAAAAUUCUGAAGCAAUUGAACAACUACAUUGAUUUGCAUAAAGUACCGGUGACUUACAGAAGAUUCCUUGUUGAAAACGAGCCAAUGGUGAAGUCAUGCUUUGAAUGCUAUCAAGCUCUAUGCAUUUCCAUGUUGGACAGCCUUAAUAUUGGUGCCUCAAAUGUUCAUUCUGCGGAGAAUAUAAAACAAGAACUAAAGGAAGCAAUUGUGGUGUUUGAUGACAACUCAAAGAGCCUUCAAUGCUUUGAUCCUCGGAAUAAUACUUGGACAAAAAUGCAGAACAUGCCUGGAUUAAAAAAUGACGUUUCUGCCGUGGCUCUUGGUGCCUACAUUUAUGUUCUCAUGAAAGAUAGAUCUGUUCAUCGACUGAAACACUCAGAUCAUGAAGCUACUUGGGAGAGAAUGAAUGAUAUGAUGUAUGAACAUGGGCAGUGUCCUCCUGUUGCUGUUUUGUCUGGAAACCUCUACGUUGUUGGUUUUUUCAAUAGUUACUCAAAAUCAGUUGAAAAGUUCGAUCCAUCAAGCAACAAAUGGGAAAAAGUAAAAGACAAAAAUCUCAACUAUGCAAAUUCAACAGCACUGGGUGCUGAAGGUUGUAUAUACAGCAUUGGUGGCUAUGUAUCAGGUCGUUACACCAACCAAGUAGAAAGAUUUGACCCAACAUCAUCAACUUGGUCAUUUGUUGCAUCCUUGAAUGAGGCAAAGAGCUAUGUUGCAGCUGUUGAAAAUGAAGGAAAAAUAUAUGUUCUAGGUGGAAGCGCAAAAAUUCACUUGACAACUGUUGAACGAUAUGAUGAUUCAACGAACGUGUGGUCCACUGUAACUCCCAUGUUAACUAAACGUAGCUGGUUCAGUGCUUUUGUGAUUGAUUCAAUUAUUUAUGCAGUUGGAGGAAAAAAAAGUUCACCAGGAAGCAUGGAGAAGUUUGAUUCCAAGAAGAAUCAAUGGGAGAUGAUUGACGUGAAGAACAUGAAUCUGAGGAUACUCGAUGCAGUGAAGAUUAAUUUGAAGUGAUUUGAUUGUAUGUGACAGAGAAUAGUUAGUUACCAUUAAAGGACAUACCUGUAGUUUAUGUUUUAAUCUUACUAUUAUGAAAUUGUGUGAUAGAUAUUUGACAUUCAAUGGACGCUUGUAUUAUCACUUAGUAAAUUGUGUAUACUUCUAUAAUAAGUUCCUGCAUUACUUAUUGUAAUUAAUGUAUAUAGUUUCCUUAAAAAAGUAAUUGUUCAAUGACUUCGCCCAUAAACCUCAACUCACUGGA